AUGACCCCUCGGCGCGUCGCAAAGCUCGUGCAGUUUUCUGGUUCCUACCUGAAUACCGAAUGGGCUCGCAAAUUUAUCCUCGGUUCCUUGCUGCAGCGCUACAAUCCUCAAUCCUUGACUACUGUUGGUUCCUCUGCUGCGGGGAAUUCCGGUGAGGAUGCUUCUCUUGACAAGGAACUGCUUCACCUCCAGCGCUCACUGAGUGAGGUGUGGUCACUUCCGGCUCAACCGCUUGAUGCGGUGAGCGAAGGGAGAAUUCUUCGAUUACUCGCACGCUACGCUACGGGUGAGGGGGUCAUGUCGAUUGAGGCAUUGAAUGAACUGAGUCAUGUGCUGUCGUGCAUUCGUGGUUCCCCGCAACGUGUUGAAGGCCCGAUAGAUAUGGAAGAGUUGCUGCUGGCAAUAGGGUACGCUAAACCGGGCGACAACCUUCGGCGUGUGGCGUUCGCGGGAGAGCUGCAAUACCCUCCAAGCGCGCUUGCACAUAUGCGGGCACACCUCAGGGACGACAUGGAGCGCGACGGUAGCGACCCAUUCGACAUUCUCCGUGUUGUCACUCACAACCCGGCAUAUGCAAUCGAUUCUGCGAGCACGUCGGAGGUUGAUGACGCGAUAGGAGUGUAUAAAGAUCCCGUGACAGGUGAGGAGUGCUUUGUGGUGUACGUUUCCGAUGCUACCGUCUACUGCCCGUUCGAUAGUCCACUGGAGCAACUCACCGCAAGGCUACUGACAACGACAACAUACCUUCCGGAAGGUGUUUUUUUCAUGUUACCGAAGCCGAUAGUUGAUGCUGCAACCCUACGUGAGGACAGGCCUUGCCGCACGUUUGAUAUUCGGUUUCAGAUUGAUGAGGUAACUGGAGAACUGAAAAACUAUAGCGUUGGUGUCGGUUGGCUCCAUAAACUUCGCCGCAUCACGUACGACGAGGUACAAGCUCUGUAUGAUGAGGAGGCACAGGUGGGAAAUCAGCAUCAUCACACCGAAAGAGAAAGCACUCAGGCUUCUCCUGCUAAACGCGAAGAGGGAAAGAAAGGUAUGGUAGCCUCAGGAGGCACAUCAUCAUGCCGUCCCUCGUGGAUGACUGUGGAGGAUGAAAGCAUCUUACGCCGCAUCUACAGAGCUGCACAGAAGCGAUAUGAAACCAGGCAGUUGCGAGCGGGAGACCGUUUCAUCCAUGCAGACUUGCCUGAGCCGCUCAUCAAAGUGGGUGCUGGGGCACAGGUACUUUCGGUGGAGGACCAAAUCAUUGGCACUAGGGACGCUCGACUGGCCGUUGCGGAGAUGAUGAUCGCCGCAAAUGAGGUUUGCUCUCGUGUGGCGCAGGAAAAUCAUCUUUCUAUACCAUUUCGCGGCACGCGAGAGUUGUCUUUAGACCAUGUUGCAGCGAAGUCGUACAGAGAGCCGCAGGGCGUAGUAUCUGUCCAAUCUCUCGAUCCGCAGUACGUUUUUUUCGCGGAGGCGAUGCAACGAUCCAUUCGGCAGUUGAGCGGAGUCACACGAGCCGUCUACUUCCACACGCCCAUUUACCACGCAGGUCUCGACACACAUAACUAUACGCACAGCACUAGUCCAUUGAGGCGCUAUGCAGAUAUGUUGGUGCAUCAUCAAUUGAAGGUAUGGCUCUGGCGCACUUCGCACUGCAGUAGUGGAGGCGGUGCGUUACAUUCUGCACAAAAGAGCUCCCCUGUGCUGAUUGAGCAACCAAUAGCGGAGCAUACUAUGGCCACACUUUGUUCAAUGAUCAGUAGUAAGCAGGAGCAGUCAAGUAUUUUGCAGGAAAGCAGUCAACGCUACUGGUUGUUGAAACACAUUAAACAAAACAUCCUUACGAAAAGUCCCCAUCACCGCUUUAUUUGUCUUGUUGGUGACACACGAAGUGUAAAGUGUGCACCUGAGUAUGCGCGAUUCGUCGUCGAAUGCAGUCACGACUCACCAUCACAACCUGAUGGUGGCGUGCACCGAACUGUUCCAUGGGCAGGAAGGUGGAAGCAGCGACAUCACGAGUAUCUUUACGUUUCGGAUAUCUAUAUUACAGAAUUGCAGUUCGCACAUGUGGUUCUCCACAGUCUACCCGAUGUUGUAGUUGGUGCAGUGGUUGAAUGUGAGGUACGCGAGGUGCACCCAACCCAAGGUUAUCUCUCACUAGCGAUUGUGAAAGUUUGGAGUGGUGGAGACGAACGACGGUUCGAGCCACUUUGGAAAAAGUGCCUUCUUCCAUCUCUGGACUCGUGA